UCAACUCUGUUAAUCAGUGUAUGUCAAGAUUACCCCACAUAUUGUCCCGCCGGUAGUCAGCGAAGUAUCGCACCUGCAGCUGUACAAAAGCAACCGCAAAGGAUGUCGCAAAGAGGAUGUCUUCUGCUGUUGCUCGGUCUGACCGUACUCAUGGCAUCCUCUACAUUCGGCUCCGAUGGUUCUGACGGUACCGUUCGCGAAGGUGGACCCUCUCGUCAAACGUCGCAUCAUAGGCAGAAAAGGGUUUUCUGGUUCACGAACGACGGACGGAUCGCAUUACCACCUGGUACCAUCAUGACGAUUACGCCGACGUUGGCGUUACCCUUUGUUCGACACCCGCCUUACGGCUUCCUUAGCAAUAUGACCAUCAGUCUACCGUUCACGAUCGACUUCGACAAGCUGGGCCUGACGGACAAUGAGAAUCCGUACGGCGCGCUGCCACCGAGUUUCGACAGAAAGUUAAAGAGCCGACAGGCCGGCAUGAUGAUGGCGGACUUCAUCGCAGCAUUUAUCAAACGUAGAUUACACAAACGGGACAUGAUGGAGGUGCCAAGAAAUGCGUUUCACGGUGGCGAACGGGCCUUGCUCUACGGCACCGCUGAGGAUAUGCUGAGCACGCUGGGAAUGAAUGGAAAAGCGUGUCUAUUGAGGGCAAUUUGCGAAGUUCAGGGUCAUCACCUCAACAAUUUCGGGCUGAUCGGCGAAAUGUUGAAGCUCUUUUUCACCGCCAGCCGAUCGCCGUUCGCAAACCUCCUCAAGGAAUACGUCGAGGCUGAAAACCGCGGGAAAUUCCACGGUGAAUGCUGGCCCUACUUCAAAGACUGCCCGAAAUCCUUAUUUUUGCCAUCCAAUAAUAAGUACCAGAAAGAUUCGUUGCACGACGAGGAGAACGAGGAGGAUGAACAUUGGAAUCAAAUCUCCAACGAUCUCGACGAGGAGCCUCUCACAAGGAUAUCGGAGCAGAACACAAAGGACUCUAUACACCCUAUGUAGUUUAAUUUUAUAUUUAUAGUUAUCCUUGGUAUCCCUCGUCAUUCUCCUUUUCCCGAGCGCAGAUUCUCUACAAUGAAUUUCGUUGAAGUAAAAUGCGAAAGAGAACUAAUUUGUUCUCGUUACUUAAUCGCAUCUUAUUCAGGCCGAAGUCGUUUGACUCUGAAUCCGUUGCAUGCGAGAAGAUACCGUUUAUUAAUUAAGACAUAAAUCAGAAAUUAACACACUAAACGACGCGCUGUAAAUACGGGAAAAAAUUCUUUUGUAAAGAAAGGCUGAUAAAUAGAUAACAUAACGGAUUGAUAUAGAGGGAUUACCAUUAUCUAUGACUAUGAUAACGUGAUAGACCGAGUUCUUGGUCGAGAAUAAACACGUAUAAUGGCACAUAUGUGUACUGCGUUGAAAUGAAAACAUCUGGAAUGAGCGCGCUAUUCUUGGUGAUACUAAGAGAGAGGUGCAUAGUGUGGAAUCUCUUUUUAGUGAACCUGAUUGAUCACUCGCAGUUCUACUGAACUGAGAGGGAUGUCGUUCUCUCCUUCUAGUGACCAAAAUGUCUUCAUUUCAAUAACGUACUGCAAUGAGAAACUGUCAAAAGUUUCGGCUAGUCGCUGGCAUUGUAAAACAACACGUGACACUAAUGACCGUUGUUUUAAGCGUUUUGUUGUUUUGUACAGCGUAAAAGUAUUUUGAUUUAGCCAUAUGUAGUUACGAAAGGAUUGACAGGUCCACGAGAAGAGGCACGAAUGAACAAUGGAACGUUCGUGCGUUGUGUGAUCAUAUAGGAAUGAAAGUUGAAUAAGAAUUUCCUCUCGCAUACGUAUAAGUUAUUAAUUUAUAUUAAUAAUUAUAUAUAUAUUUCAUUGUAUAUAUAAUUGAACUUUUGUUAGAGAGCUAUCGCUAGGAAUAAUUGUAAUUUAAUUUUUUCACAUACAAUCUAUCUAAAUCUUACAGAGUGAAAAUUAAGCUUGUACAAUAAUUCGAGUAUAGAAUUAAAAUUCACAAUUUGCCACUAUAGUUGUUCACUCAUGUCAACGCGGAGUUCUCGGCUGAAAGGCCAGAAACCUUAAUCUAAUAUUGCUUAAAAUUUUAAAGUUUUAGUUUCUUUCUAAUAAAUUUUUAAGUUUCUUUAUGAGAUCCUAAACAUUGACAUUAGAUAGACAGAUAACUUUGAGACAGUCCUGUGCAAUGAGUUAUUACAGCACGUACCGAGUAUACAAGAAUUCCGGAAUACGAUACCAUGCUGCCAUAAUAUAAAUAGUAAUGUGUAUCAUAGUAUCUCUUGGUACAGCUGUUUUAUUGCUGAUUGUUUAAAUGAACUAUUUAUGAAGUAUUGUGUGAACGAGUGUAAAAUACAAAUGAUAAUUGCAAUAAAAUGUUUUCUAAAAA